AUGGAAUUGGAUAAGAAUUCAAAUGGUGACGUCAAAGUUGUUAACAGAAUUAUUUUUUUCUUAUAUAACAAGUUGAAGCCAGUGGAUAAUGGCGGUGGCGAUUUUGUCCCAUAAAUGGAAAGUUAGAGAAGAAGCAAAAAAGUUAGGUUUGUAUAUGAAAUCACAGCCAGACACGUGGACGGUGAGGUGCUAACGCCUUGGAAGAGGCGAGCCGUCGCGUCUCUUGCAAGUCGGAGUUUACUUUCACCGCCAAUAGAUUCUGUUCCACGUGGCAACACGUGGCAUCUUCUUCUUUAUCUCCGGUCCCCUCCAAUCUCAUCUUCUUCGUGUUGA